GCGCUGCUGUGCAUCGACGUGCAGUGCGACUUCAUGCCGGGGGGCUCCCUGGCAGUGCCCAGAGGCGACGAGGUCAUCCCGGUAAUCAACAAGCUCCGGCGCAUUUGCCGGGACCAGCUGUCCCUGGUGGCUCUCACUCAGGACUACCACCCGGAGGACCACCGGCGACACCGUUACCAGGGUGGUCCACGCCUGUGGCCCACCCACUGCGUGGCGGGGUCUCCCGGAGCAGAUCUGGUUCUGGAGCUUGUGGCGCUGCCGCAUGACGUUAUUGUACGGAAAGGCACCCGUCGUGACGUGGACGGCUACAGCGCCUUCUUCGACAACGGCAGGUGGCUGCGGUCCGCCGGUGUCUCCCGCUUGCUGGUGGCCGGGCUGGCUACGGAGUAUUGCGUGUUGUGGACCGUACGGGACGCCGUGAAGCUGGGGUAUCAGGUCUGGGUUGUGGCUGAUGCCGUACGGGGUAUGGGGGGUCCGGAGGAGAUAUCGGCGCUGGCGGAGAUG